CGCCGCUGGGCGGGCCGGGGCGACGCCGCUUCCGCCCGGCGCCAAGAUGGCGGCGCCCUUUGUCUGGUCCGUGUCACGGAUCCGUUCCUGGAAAUGAGGACAGACCCCUGUGGGCAGAGGCAGCAAGGGUUGGGGCUGCGUUGUUCCCCGAGCUGACGCAUGAGGCGAGAGAUGAUGGAUGGCUGUGUAGAGACUGACCUGAACACCUGGAAAGGGGAAAUCUCUGGAGGAGAGACACAGCCCUCUGACCCGUGAUCCUCUGUGUAUCUCCACUCCUCACAGCAGAGGGCCAUGGAUUUCCCACAGCACAGCCAGCAGGUGCUGGAGCAGCUGAACCAGCAGCGGCAGCUGGGGCUGCUCUGCGACUGCACCUUUGUGGUGGAUGGCAUUGACUUCAAGGCCCACAAGGCCGUGCUGGCCGCCUGCAGUGACUACUUCCGCAUGCUCUUCGUGGACCAGAAGGAUGUGGUGCACCUGGACAUCAGUAAUGCCGCAGGCCUGGGCCAGGUUCUGGAGUUCAUGUACACAGCUAAGCUGAGCCUGAGCCCUGACAACGUGGAGGACGUGCUGGCCGUGGCAGGUUUCCUGCAGAUGCAGGAGAUUGUCAGCGCUUGCAACGCACUCAAAUCUCUCUCUGUGCCCCCAGAAAAUCCCCCUGGGAUGAACCAGCAGCCCUCUGAGAUUGGAGUUGACAAGGUGAUGGCCGAUGACAAGACAUUGGUGGUGGCAGAAGCUCUGGGGGAGCCUGACAAAGCCAGGGCAGCUGCUCCUGAUGCUGAGGGGAAGGAGGAGAAGCUGGAGGCUGUGGCACAGCCCGAGGCGCCUGUGGAGCAGCCAGUUGGCCAGGAAGGGACAGGCGGUGCCAUCCAGGAGGAUCUCAAGGCCGACAUUGCCGGGCUCCCGCAGCCAUCGGAGAGCGCGGUGGGCAGUGGCAGCCCCGUGGCCACAGACAGCGCCGGGACAGGAGAGAUGAAGCCGGAAAGGAAGGAGGAAGAGGGGGAGAUGACUGUGGAGGAGGAAGAUGAGGGUAAAAUCCCUAAGGAGGAGCCUGCCCAGCUGGAGAAUGGGGAGAACACUGAGGAUAAUGAGUCGGGGAGCACAGAUUCCGGGCAAGAGAACUCGGGGGAGCCACGCCUGAUGCACUCUGGCACCUACAGUGACCGCACUGAGUCCAAGGCCUACAGCUCCGUCACGCACAAGUGUGAGGACUGUGGGAAGGAGUUCACCCACACCGGGAACUUCAAACGGCACAUCCGUAUCCACACCGGAGAGAAGCCCUUCUCGUGCAGGGAGUGCAACAAGGCCUUCUCUGACCCGGCCGCCUGUAAGGCCCACGAGAAGACGCACAGCCCACUGAAGCCGUACGGCUGCGAGGAGUGUGGGAAGAGCUACCGGCUCAUCAGCCUCCUGAACCUGCACAAGAAGCGGCACACGGGUGAGGCCCGCUACCGCUGUGAGGACUGCAGCAAGCUCUUCACCACCUCGGGCAACCUGAAGCGGCACCAGCUGGUGCACAGCGGGGAGAAGCCCUACCAGUGCGACUACUGCGGGCGCUCUUUCUCUGACCCCACCUCCAAGAUGCGCCACCUGGAGACACACGACACCGACAAGGAGCACAAGUGUCCCCACUGUGACAAGAAGUUCAACCAGGUGGGGAAUUUGAAGGCUCACCUGAAGAUCCACAUCGCAGAUGGGCCCCUGAAGUGCCGGGAGUGCGGGAAGCAGUUCACCACGUCAGGUAACCUGAAGCGGCAUCUGCGGAUCCACAGUGGGGAGAAGCCGUAUGUGUGCGUGCACUGCCAGCGCCAGUUUGCUGACCCCGGUGCGCUCCAGCGCCACGUCCGCAUCCACACCGGAGAGAAGCCGUGCCAGUGCUUGAUCUGCGGGAAAGCCUUCACCCAGGCGAGCUCCCUCAUUGCCCACGUGCGCCAGCACACCGGAGAGAAGCCCUACGUUUGCGAGCGCUGUGGGAAGAGGUUCGUCCAGUCGAGCCAGCUGGCCAACCACAUCCGUCACCACGACAACAUUCGGCCCCACAAAUGCACAGUCUGCAACAAAGCCUUCGUCAACGUGGGCGACCUGUCCAAGCACAUCAUCAUCCACACGGGUGAGAAGCCAUUCUUGUGUGACAAGUGUGGGCGUGGCUUCAACCGCGUGGACAACCUGCGCUCCCACGUGAAGACCGUGCACCAGGGCAAGGCUGGCAUCAAAAUCCUGGAGCCCGAGGAAGGCGACGAGGUCAACAUCGUCACGGUGGCGUCUGAUGACAUGGUGACAUUGGCUACUGAGGCGCUGGCUGCCACCGCUGUCACACAGCUCACGGUGGUGCCCGUGGCGGCUGCAGUGACGGCAGAUGAGACGGAAGCACUCAAAGCUGAGAUCACCAAAGCAGUGAAGCAAGUACAGGAGGCAGACCCCAACACGCAGAUCCUUUACGCCUGCGAUUCCUGCGGGGAGAAGUUCCUGGACGCCAGCAGCCUGGCGCAGCACGUGCGCAUCCACACGGCCCAGGCGCUCGUCAUGUUCCAGGCGGAGCCGGACUUCUACCAGCCCUACGGCGCCGCGGGCUGGCCGGCAGAGCAGAUCAUUCCCGCCGGGGAGCUCUUCUUCCGCCCCCGCGACGGCCCAGAGCCGCCCCCGGCGGCUGCUGCCCCGGCCCCCCCGGCCGAGGGGCCGCCCCCGCCCCCCGAGGGACCCCGCCCAGCCUUUAUUUAAGAGACAGCUCGGAAACGGUGUAAAAAGAAUAUUUCUGGAAGGAAAGAGAUGGAAUAAAAUGCAAUAUUUUGUAA